AUGCCAUUUCAAAGGCCAGAAUUUAAAUAUCCACUUGGACCCAGUCAGCCUACUGUAAUUUUGAAAACAAUAUAAAUUAAUCUCUCAAGGUGUUUCAUUUCUAGCUUAAUACAAAAGUUAGACGAACACGGAGACCGACACAGAAUACGCUCAAAAACUGAAGUAUACAAAAGGACAAGCUAUGAGCCACGAUGGAAGACAAACAUACAAUUUCUCACGACCAUUUCGUGGUCAAAAACAAAGUCCAGCUACAACAGAGUCAUCGAGUUCAUCAACUUCUGGCUCAUCUUACCAUGCUGACCUCUUAGCUAGACCAGGAGCUUCAUUAGGCACAGGAUCAACUUCGCCGGCCACCGGAGAUGUUCAAAGUCUAUGGAAAUGCGUAAAACCAUCUUGUAGAUGGCAUGGCCCACGUCUCCCUUUUACCAAAUCACCCCGUUGCCCACGAUGCGGUGA